ACAUAUUUGGCGUCAGUUAAUCAACUUAAUCGUCAACUCUAGUGAGUGUUAGUUAAUCUAACUAGCCCGUCUUAGUGUCGACUCUGCACUGCCGGCGCGCGUUCUAUCAGUCCCGACGCGUGGAGGCGCGUCUGGAGUCAAUUAAUUCCAACUCCGGUCAUUAUUUGGUAGUACUACCUAACUAACGAUUAUCGACUCGACGACACCACUUUGGAAGACUGCGUAUUGCGCGCCAGGCGGCCUCAUACUUACUUUGAAACCUCAGGUCCAUACACUGCAGGAAAUUGAGAGGCCUGUCCAGCCAGAAAUAUGGGAGAUGUUGUCGACGAGCUCAACGAGCUCUUCGCGUCCUCGUGCCCCAAUGGACUGCCCAAGGAUGUGCUCGCAGAACUACAGUCGAUCUUGCGCGUGCAUGCGAUCUCCCCACAGGAACUGUUCUAUAAAUGGGAAUCUUACAGUUUGAAGAUGGGACCAGAUGAGACGAAAUUGAACCUCGAUACGGUGCGCAUGUUCAAACGGGAUGUGCAGGACACAUUGGAGAGAGAGACCAAAGGGAAGAAUGCGCGGAACACAGAGAAGAGGGGCAUAGUCACUGCUACGCCCCGUGGAACAGCCAAUGCUGAUAUCUUUGGGAUGCUAGAUGAAUUGACCCCAAACACACCUCAUGGUCGCGGAUCGGCGAAGCGCAAGUCGGAUUUUGGUACUCCCUCAUUAUCGAAAUCUGUCAAAUCGGAAGUCAAUGGAUCGCCUCGCGAUAUUAAAACCCCUCAGAAAGCGACGAACGGCAUUACAAAUGGACCACAAACGGUACCUUUCUCUGAGCGCCAGAAUCCCGGAGAAGUCAUCGAGACACUCAACGCCCAUUUAUCCAUGCCAGACGCACCCAUCGCUCCCUUUUCCGAACCGCGCAUCAGGCCGACAGCGAAUACGGAUAUGAAAAAGUUUGGAUACAAGCCCAUGGCGAUGCGUCUAUCGGAAGCCUCAGAGAUCCUUGAUGACCGGAUAGAUGAGUUCAUUUCUAUCUUCCAAAAGCAAUACGGCGAUGAGGAUGUAACUUUUGGAGAUGCCGCAACUCAGAGUACAAGCGAAAUCAUUGCCGUGGGUCGAAUCGCGUCGGACAGUCUGGAAGGAAAGCUGAACCCGGCCUCUCUCGUUCUCGAAACCUCCCGGCGAACAGGAGCAGGUUUGAGGGUGCCAUUGAAGGUCGAUUCGUUGCCAGUGCACUUCUUCCCAGGUGAAAUCGUUGCUCUCAAGGGCAUCAACGCAUCUGGGCAGUACUUUUCUGUCAAAGAAGUCCUGCCAAUUCCUUUACUUCCGCCAGCGGCCUCUACACCUGCGGCGCUAGAUGCAAUAAAUGAACGACUAGGAGGCAGCGAAUCUGCCCAACCGCUGAAUGUCCUGAUCUCGUCGGGACCGUACACAGCGGAUGACAAUCUCGAGUUCGAGCCCCUGAAGGAACUAUGCCAGAAGGCUGCCGAUCAGUGCGCAGACAGCUUGAUCUUGAUGGGGCCUUUCUUAGAUAUAGAACACCCGCUGGUCGCGUCGGGAGACUUCGACCUUCCCGAAGUGAAAGGAUAUGAUCCAGACACUGCAACCCUUGCAACCGUCUUCCGGCAUUGCGUUACGGCUCCCCUGCAGCGACUUGUUGCAGCCAUUCCCAGCGUUACUAUCAUCAUGGUCCCCUCCGUACGGGAUGCAGUGAGCAAGCAUGUGUCCUGGCCACAGGAACAACUCCCCAAAAAGGAGCUGGGUCUGCCCAAGCAGGUCCGUAUGGUGUCGAACCCAGUCACUCUAUCUCUCAAUGAGACCGUCGUUGGGCUCUGUUCUCAUGACGUUUUGUACGAAUUGAGAAGGGAGGAGGUACUCAGCGGUAGACCCAAGGAGGGUAAUCUGCUGACCAGGUUGCCCAAAUACCUGAUCGAGCAGCGACACUUUGCUCCCAUUUUCCCUCCAACUUCGCGAGAACAUCUGCCAAAAUCGGGCGUGGAGGGUGGGCUGGCCACGGGGGCCAUGUUGGAUCUGAGCUACUUCAAACUCGGUGAAUGGUGGAAUGUUCGACCAGACGUGUUGAUCACGCCUAGUCUACUCCCCCCGUUUGUCAAGGUCGUCGAUAGCGUCCUCGUCAUCAAUCCCGGCACCAUAUCAAAACGGAGAGCCGCCGGGACGUACGCCCAACUCGCCAUUCAUCCACGCACCAUGACGGACGAAGAGCGCGAAGAGAAGCAGCUAGGCCACAAGAUCUUCGAACGGGCCCGAGUUGAUGUAAUCAGAAUUUGAUUUCUUUUGAUAGUUACCUCCCAUUAUACGCAUUAUGGGGUAGGAGAUGAUUGGCGUUAGUUUGGAUGUAUUCGCAGG